CGCACCAAAACUCAAACUCUGUUUUACAAACAAGGAAAGACUGCUCUCCUCCCCUGCCUCCAGCACCACAAACGACCGCCAACAGCGAAAAAUGAAGAUACACAAGUCCUCCUCCUCCUCCUCCUUUUCCGAAAUUACACCGGCCGGCCACCAGAAUUCUUUUUCAGCCUACGCCCUCUCCAAAUCUGCAGCAGCCCACUCAACAGGAGACACCUUCGACAUCGACGACGAACCCACUCUCCACUUUCCUUCUAUUUCUACCUUUGUCGCUCCUCCACCUCUUCCACCUUCCACUAGAGAAUCUGCCAACCACAACAACUCCGCCAAGUUCAAAUCUCCAUCUCAUCCUUCUCGUCGUCAGUCGAGGCGGGUGGACUUAGCGGCGGCUCGGAGAGAUUACGAGCAGUGCAGAACAGAGGCCCUGAAAACAGAGCUCAAAGCUAGGCUGAAUUGCUCCAUUGUGAGGCGACUGAAGGAGCUGUCAGAGAUGGAAGCGACGAGCAACGCGGGGAUUGAGAUUGCCGACUCGGUUGAUUUUCUGAAGCUGCUGAACCAGGAUUCGGAUUCGGCUCUUAAGGAGAUUGGGGAAAUCAGGGACAAGAGUCGGGAGGGAGUUGUGCGGCUGCAGGAAGGCCAGUUGCUGGUGAAGAGGUCGCAAGACCAGCUUCGAUCUGCCCUUCGCAACAACUUCCUUUUCUCUGUAGAAUAAGGGACCUUGGAGUUGGUUUUCGAUUCCGGAAUCACUUGCUAAGCUAGAGAUUUUGUGUAUAUUACGAUUCUCUCACUUCUUCUUCCUGUCUGAGUUCUUCGUGUAAAGAGUAUUGUUUGUAAUUAGCCAGGGUGGUGACUUAUUAUUUAAAUUAGCCCUCCAAUUCUGUGGUGAAUGAUCCAUGUAAGCAUAUUUGUAGAACCAAGAGAAUCUUGUGUUUUUGUGAUAACUUUUUUUUUCUGUUUUCUUUUCCUUAUUUUUUCUCAUAACCAAACCAUUCAAGGCCCUAUUCUUUGCUUGAGAGGUUUUGGCGUUUUGCAAAAAUCUGAUUCAUAUGCUGGAUGACCAAGACAAUAGAAGCCGGGGAUUUUUCCCUCGAGAAGAUUAGACAGUAGCCCACAAAAUGGCGCAUGUUUUUGUGGAGACUAAAUAGAUUGUAACAUCUGGU